GCGAGAUCGCUGCUUUCCGGCCGGGCCGUUGUCUGGGUGGCGAGGGCGAGUCAUCGCGGGGCCUCGCCGCCUGGCUCUUUCUUCCCUCCCCCCGCCUGGGCGUGGGGGGUCGGCCAGCCAAGGGGGGCGGGAGGCGCCUCGGACCUUCCCCUGCGUUUCGUUGUGGUCGGCUCCCCGCUGACCCGCGCUGGGGCCGGGGGUCCCUGGGGCCCGCGAGGCCCGGUCGGAGAGGCCGGGGCCUACGUGGGCCGGCCGCCGGGCCCCAUGAGGCACAGCCUGACCACGCUGCUGGCGGCCUCGGGCACCGACUCCCCAGCGCGCGGCGAGAGCCCGGCGCAGGCCGCCACCCGCCCGCCGCCCCCGGACCGGACCCGCGCGGCAGCGGCGGCGGAGGAAGAGCCGGCGGCCUCCAGGUCUCCCUGCCGCGAGCAGCCGCGCGGCGACGAGGCCGAGCUGGAGGACGGGAGGGGGGGCCGCGGCGGCGGCGGCGGGGCGGGGCGCGCGCCCUCGCCCGAGGAGAUGGAGGAGGAGGCGAUCGCCGGCGCCCCGGGGGACGAGACGGAGGACAUGGACUUCCUGUCCGGGCUGGAACUGGCCGAUCUGCUGGACCCCCGGCAACCGGACUGGCACCUGGAGCCCGGGCUCAGCUCGCCCGGGCCCCUCUCGUCCGGCGGAGGCUCGGAGAGCGGCGGCCUGUGGAGAGGGGACGACGACGACGAGUCUGCGGCCGCCGAGAUGCAGCGCUUCUCGGACCUGCUGCAGCGGCUGUUAAACGGCAUCGGCGGCGGCGGCGGCAGUGACAGUGGCGGCGGCGAAAAGAGGCGGAGAAAGGCCCCCGGGGGCGGCGGCGGCGGCGGCGACACCCAGGCGGCGACCAAGAGCCCCCGGAAGGCGGCGGCGGCGGCCGCGCGCCUGAACCGGCUGAAGAAGAAGGAGUACGUGAUGGGGCUGGAGAGUCGAGUGCGGGGCCUGGCCGCCGAGAACCAGGAGCUGCGGGCCGAGAACCGGGAGCUGGGCCAGCGCGUGCAGGCGCUGCAGGAGGAGAGUCGCUACCUACGGGCCGUCCUGGCCAACGAGACGGGCCUGGCUCGCCUGCUGAGCCGGCUGAGCGGCGUGGGACUGCGGCUGACCACCUCGCUCUUCAGGGACGCGCCCGCCGGGGACCACGACUACGCGCUGCCGGUGGGAAAGCAGCCGCCGCGGGACCUGCUGGAAGAGGACGACGCGGCGGGAGGAGUGUGCCUCCAUGUGGACAAGGAUAAGGUGUCGGUGGAGUUCUGCUCGGCGUGCGCCCGGAAGGCGUCGUCUUCUCUGAAAAUGUAGGGUCAAGUAAUCUGCUCUUUACCCGCGUUCCCCCCUCUCAGCUCCCUUAACACCAUGUCAAACUCCUUAGUGGGACAUCGUCACUGGACACAUUUCAGUUUCUUUUUUAGGUGAUUUCCUUCCUGCCAGGCUCCGUUGUAGGGGUUACAGAACAGUGGUUCCCGCCUCACCACCUGGUAAGGUUCCAUCUCUUCACGUACCGCUCAUGCUCUGCUGCUUAGUCUACUUUAAUGGGCAACAUCUCAAUUUUGUGUGUGCGUGUGGUUUUUUUUAAAUUUUUUCUUUAUCUUUUUUCUUUUUUGGAAGGCGGGAGGGGAGUGUAAUUUGGGCCCUGUCCACCCUGGAAACAGACUUGUGCUGGUCAGUACUGUAUUUAAGAUGCUUCUUAAUGGUUGAAAUAGCUGUUACUGUGUCCCCUUGUUCAGACUUGCGUGUACCUAGCUCUUCUGUCCCCAGUGUGGACAUGGCCUUGGAUGACAUCGAUUCCAACUGUACACUGAAAGCUGCUAAUAGAGAUACAGUUUGGAGACAGUGAAACAGGUGAAGUUGAAGUUCCGAGUUGUACAAGGUGCAAAUUGGAAUUCCAGUAUUAGAGCAACUUUGCAGAGGUUGACCAAUAAGUGUUGGGGGCAUGCUCAAAGGUGAUAGUUAUUUUGCUGGAGGUGACAACAAAAUAACUCUUUAAUAUUCAGUAAUGCCUUUCAGUUUUAAGUAGGAGACCUAGAACUACAAUAUUCAGGUUAACAGAUUUUAAUAUCUCACUAUUAGAGAAGUUGGAAAUUAACAUGCAUAUCAGACUCCUGUGUUAGCUAAUUGAAGGAGGACUAAGAAUGGUUAAUGAAAUGCUUCUUUGAGGACCAGCACAGUGAUGACCCUAUCACUGAGUAUGAAUAAAUUGUUGAACACCUUUAUUUUUGUUGUAUUAAAAUUUUAGGUUAAAUUUAUGUAUGAUUCGAUUUUGAAGGUUGUGAAAUGUGAAUGAAAACAUGUAAAGUGAGGCUUCACAAAGAAUCUUAUUUUCCAUAUUUCAAAGGUAUUUUAAAAAUUGAGUGUUGCUGACUACUUAAUGACACGACUGACACUUUUUCCAAAGAUGGGAUAUAUUCUUCCCUUGAAGUUCUCUAUUGUCUAUUGUCCAGUUGUAUAAAUUGAGUUAUGGUGGCCUUCAGUGUAACAGGCAUUAAGAAAUUCUUUGUUUAAAAAAAAAAAAGAAAGAAAGAAAAAUUCUUUGUGAAACAUCACUGUUUGAUAAAGUAUAUACCUAUUUAGCAUCCUUGUUUUUCUUUGUGCUAAAGUGGAUACAGCUGUUGGGGCAGAAGAGACGGGACCAGCUGCUGGCCACAUUUCCUGCUUUAUUUUAAAAGGUAGUAUAAGAAAUGAGGAAAAGAGGUAAUAUCAGGGCUUCUGCUGUCUUUUCUUUUAAAAUGUUCAUAAUUAAAAGUUAUUCCAGCAGUCCAAAGAUGUAAGUUAUCUUACACACAAAAUGUUUUAUUUUGUUGUUAUUUGGUUAUGAAAAUGGAAUUCUUGUUCUUGCACAACUGUAAAUGUUUUGUUUCUAGAUAAUACUAGUUGAGACUUAACCGUCUCUGGUUUCCAGUGCAUCACAGCAAUUUUGUAAAACCAUCUACUGCACUUGAGCAUGAAUGGGUAGUAGCCAAACUCAGCCUGGAGUUAUGAAUCUGCUUAUAUCCAAGUGCAGGAGCAAGCCCCUCACAAUGCAGCUGCAUGGAUUUUUAGUGCCUACUGAAUUAUACAUAAACAUAUAUAUAUAUAAACCAAAAGUAGCUGGAAAAUUAUUUAAAAUGACUAAUUUGUGCUAUCAUUAUGAAAUAUGUUAAAUGUAGAUUUUUGAAACAGAAGUCUUGAAUUGAAAUUUAAUUAAUACUUGAACAUUUUGUAUAUAUUUCUUUGUAUAUAAUUUUGUGCAGUACCAAUGACAAAAAUAUGGUGUCAUAAUAAAACCAGGUUUGUUGAUCUUUCAGUUAUGGGCUCAAAGAAUUUUUUCAUCUCUAAUAUGACAUUGAAAAAUAAUGGAUGAGAAUAGGAAAAAUGAUUGUUAAUGCUGACUGUGGGUCUUAAAGGUUCUGGAAGCAGUAAGUGCGUUUUUCUAAAAAUUAUACCAUUCCUUGGAAUAUUUUCUUCCUAACAUCAGUGCUUUUCCUGCAUUAUUUGAAGUUGGGGCUGGGGAAAACAGUAGUCAAAAGCUUUCUGAAUUGGGAUGUUUUGAAAUUCCAAGUGUAGAUUUUUAGAAUGUCAUUUUAUAAAUGGCAGUUUUUGAAAAUACUUGAUUAAGAACUUUUGAAAGUGGAGAUUAGUAUCACCUAUUUUUAAAGCUGCUUUGUUAGGUUACUUAUGUUUUAACUGUCUUUUCUUAGUUUCCAUUUCAUUUUUUUUUCCCUCUAAUUUUGGUGACUCAGUGAUUUUUGUCAUUUUUUGCAUCAACUUCAUAGUCUUGUUUUACAUGGUAUUGCAUGUAUUUAGGACCUGUCUAAUAGGGGCUUUAAAUAAAUUUGGUCAUGUUUAUGUAUAAACACAUUUUACUGUAAAUGUCUUGAGUUUCUGAAUUUAAACAGAUCUGUUUAUUUCAGUAUGUAGUAAACAAUAUCUUAAAAGUGUCCUAUUCACUACUUGUUGAUUAAAAAAGUUAUGAUUAAUAUGAAA